AUGGUACUCCUACGAGAGGGCAUGUGUCCCGGGCUGGACAGGGAGCUGCUCCGCGGCCUGCGGGGGGCGGACAUCCGCACAGUGGAAGGCCUGGUUUCAUCAGACAUCGAGGAACUUGCUCAGAAAUGCUCCGUGUCCUAUAAGGCUCUGUUUGCCAUCCGCCGAGUGCUGCUGGCCCAACAUGCAGCCUUCCCUGUGUCAGGUGCUGAUCUGUAUGAGGAGCUGUUGAGCUCCACAGCCAUCCUCUCCACUGGAAACCCCAGCUUAGAUAAACUCCUGGACUCAGGCGUGUACACUGGGGAGAUAACGGAGCUGUCAGGAGGCCCAGGAAGUGGCAAAUCUCAGGUGUGCUUCGGCCUGGCGGUGAACAUCUCCCACCACCUGAAACAGAGUGUGAUCUAUAUCGACACCACCGGAGGGAUGACUGCCAGCCGCCUGCUGCAGAUGCUGCAAACUGAAACCAGCAACACACAGGAGCAGAUGGAGGCUCUUCAGAGGAUUCACGUCUUCCGCCUGUUUGACGUCCACGCUCUGCUCGACUGUUUGUACGAUCUUUGUGGUGGAGGCCUUCAGAGGGCGUCUGUCGGGGGGGGCUCUGUGAAGGCGGUGGUGGUGGACUCGGUGUCAGCCGUUAUCUCUCCUCUCCUGGGAGGCAAACAAAAUGAAGGCAUGUCCUUGAUGAUACAAGUGGCAGCCGUUCUGAAGACGAUGGCGAAGGACUUCAGUGUUGCUGCGGUGGUUACAAACCACGUAACGAGGAGCAGCGGUGGGGAGGUGCAGCCGGCCCUGGGUGCGUCCUGGAGCCACAUCCCCAGAACCAGAGUCCUGCUGCAGCCGGCCCCGAGCGCCCGGCCCUUCAGCUGCUGCAGUCUGCGCUCAGCCACGCUCAUCAAGUCCUCCAGACAGCCGUGUGACAUCAGAGAGGACUUUGAUCUGCAGUGGUGGAGCCGCGGUGAGGAGGGCCCGUCGGGAAAGAGGAAACUGGAUGAGACACAUGAUGAGAGCAGUUUAGUCCUCUGA